ACUAGUCUUUUUUAUUUCUUUUUUCGCUCUUGUUAAGAAGUUUCUUGGAUUGAAAAAGGAGAAAUAAGAAAAGAAACUCGUUGGAACAUUCGACGUAUAUUACUCCUUUCGCCUUUAUCCUUCUCAUCGUGUUUUAUAUGCGCGCGUAGUUUUGCUUAUAUACCACGGUUCCUUUCAUUAUAUCCAGAUUGGAAUCCUAGAUCGAGAAACGAAAAACGGGAUAUUUUUGUAGGGAGAAAAUGCACGAUAUGCGGCUACGAAUAUAUAAAUAUUGUUCGGCGAAUAAGCUGAAAGCGUAUUCUCUAUGAUUGGUACCGUACCGAGAUAUUUUAUUCAGCUUCUUAUCAAUUUCUUAUUAAGUUUUAGUACAUUUUGAAUUUAUAUUGGAUUAUCCCAUUCUUACGAUCGCUAUAUUUGUAAAAUAUUACUUUGGAAGAUGACUUAUCUUAAUAAUUUAGCAAUUUAAUAAUACGUAUUAAAAUUGUUAGCAACGAAUAAUGGUGCACGUUAUAUCGAUGUCUAAAAUGCACUGGUACCUUUUGAUUUAUUCGACUGUAGGUGGGAGAGUUUGGUAAGAAUUCUUUGUGCCCCUCAGUCUGCAUACUGAGAAACUCGAUCUGUUUGCAAAAGAGACGGAGUUAUAAAUCACAGGGUAUGAAGGCCGCAUAAAGAAGAGAAUCUCCACUUCUUAUCGAACAAAAGAAUAGCUGAAUAUCGAAAGACUAUUUCGAGCGAACUAUGUAAAAUGUAAAAUUCGUGGUUUUGCUAUGCUUGUCAAAAUUUAGUAGUGUCAUUCUCGUUUUAUAUGAGAAAAAUAUAUAUAUCGGAUCGUGGCUUUGUUUUUAUUUUAUUUAAUUUUCAAUUGGAUGAAAAAAGAAUAGAUAUAUUUGUGCACCUUUCGUAAGAAAUUUUAAUGUAAAUCAAAUUUUAACCUUCCCUGUAUACUAUAAUAGCAGUGCAAACGCAUUUUGAGUACGAUAAUAUUAUCCUUUUAAUUUAAGAUUCGCUAUUCCUUAUUGAACUCUUUUCGCGUAGUAACAAAGUUAUAUUGAAAGUUUUAUCGGGAAUAUUCGUUUUCGUAUUUUUGUGAUUGUCAAAGGACGUCGUUCUAAGAAAAGCUUUUGAUCUUUUUCGAUCUUCGAAUCUUCAUUUCGACCCUACAUAACCGUUCAUCUUGGAAAAAUAUUUUAAAAGAAAGCUAAGAAUCUCUAACAAAGAUUCCAGAGGUCUUUAUAAUAGAGAAAGGAAGAUGAAAAAGGGGGCGAAAUGCAUAGCGCGGACCAUCAACCUAUCAGUACCAAACAAGCCAAAAGAAGUACAGAAACUUGUCAGUGCCGAUAUAACAGAACCAUGUCCUAAUUUGGGACAUGGAAGUUCUUCUUAUUGGACGCCGAAGCCAGUUCACGUUAAAAUUUGUACACGAAAGGAUAUGCAAAGAAUUUGUGCACCGAAGAUAUGCGUGUGUCCACCGAAGCCAGCGCGAAGAACGAAAGCUCAAAUAUUUUUCAUAAUAAUAGUUUUUCUAAUGAAAAGUGCUACCGUAGGCACUCUUUUAUACUGGAUGUACACCGAUGGUAAUUUGCCAUUUUUUCCAGACAUCGACAAAAUCAAUAUACCGCGCCUCGAGAAUACGAGGUACUCAAUGAUUCAAAAAUAUAAUCGUGCCGUUAUUAAGAUCAUGAAUAUUCUCGUCGACUUACCGCAGAAAACUUUUGAAAAGCUUUCGAGUAUUAUCUAUGGGCCAGAAAAGACAAGCGAAAAAACGACGGAAGAUGAUAAUACCAACGCCGAGGAUAAUAUAGAAAAACCUUCAAACGACGAUCGAUAGAAUGAUUAAGUGCCACAUAUUCAUCAAAUAUGAAACUCUGAAAUUUAAAAUCAUACAGAUCAAAGUAUUCGUUUUAUCCAAGUUUUUCGUGCGUCGUGAAUUUGUUAUUUUCGUCCUUCCGUUUUGUCUGUGAAAUGGAUCUCAACGUAAAAUAAACGUAAGGGUUUCGAAUGAAUCGACUUUUUGCGAUAUGUAUGUACUUGUAUUUGUUAUAAAAUAUAUUUUUCUUAAUUACAUGAAAUAUGGUGUUUGUAGUGCUGCUUCUGAUCAAAGAAAAUUUAAAUGUCGUAUUAGCAUUUAAAAACACGUUUUACGAUUCUACAACGAGGAACAAAAGGAUUGUUUGUUCAUGUCGCCUGUUCUACAGAUUUUUAAGACCUUUGGUUAGUACACGCUAGGGACAUUCCUGAGAUGUUUCUUUCAUUCGCAUAUAGAGAGAUACACUCGUGAGAGUACGUAGAGUAUAAGCCGGGAUUAAAAUUCCGCGCAUGAUUCUUUCAUUUUUUCCGGUGUACCUGAAGGGCACACAAGGGAUUUUACACAGAGCUUGCAUAUCAAGCGAU